AUAUAACCCCCUCUAAACCAAGGCAACAUCUCCACCAUCCAAAACAACCCAAAGAGCCAAGCCUUUUAUUUCCAUACCAAUUUUAAAAACAAAACACACACACACAAAUACACGUUUGAGAGCAGAAUCACCAUUGAGUUGUUCUGUCACCGUUUGAUGGCAAGCCUCGUUGCUCGGGCAAAGCUCCUGAAAAACCUCCGCCACUUCACCACCACCACCACCAGACCUCUCAACUCUUCUACCCCUUCCUCUUCAUCCUCUACCUCCGCCACCGCCGCCACGGCCUUCUCUGCCCUCAAUUUAGCUGGUGCUGCUGACACCAAAAUCGAACCCACCAUCACCACCACCACCACCACCACCAUCCCAAAAUCCACUUCCAUCUUGGAUUUCGACGACUUGGACAAGCUGUUCUCAUCGGUUUCUACGUCGAAACUGUUACGGGCCUCGGCUAACCUUUAUAUGGCCUCGGUGGAGCCCAUAGUUGACUUGGGCAUGUGGGUGAUGAGGUCAAAGUUAAUGGAGAAGCAAUUGGUGAAGGAUAUGGUAUUGGGGUUGAUCAAGCGCACGUUUUUCGAGCACUUCUGCGCCGGAGAAAAUACGGUGGAGGCCGGUAAUUCAGCUUUGAGGCUCAGAGAUGCAGGGCUUAGAGGGAUGCUGGAUUACGCUUUGGAAUUUGCAUGUGACAACGAGUCUUGUGAUCGAAACAUGGAAGGCUUCCUUACCACCAUCGAAUCCACCAAGUCUCUUCCACCUUCCAUUGUGAGCUUCGUGGUGGUGAAAAUCAGUGCAAUUUGCCCCUUGAGAUUACUGGAGCGUGUUAGUGACUUGCUAAGAUGGCAACACAAAAACCCUUCUUGCAGUCUUCCAUGGAAGCUCAAUACAUUCCCUAUUUUCUCUGAUUCAAGUCCAACAUAUCACACUCUCACAGAGCCACAACCUUUGACUCCAGAAGAAGAACGUGAUCUUCAAUUGGCACAUGAGAGACUACUCACACUGUGCCAAGAAUGCUUAGAAGCCAAUCUUCCUUUGUUGGUUGAUGCAGAGCACACAGCCGUACAACCUGCCAUUGAUUACUUAACGUAUUCUUCGGCCAUUAUGUACAACAAGGACAACAACCCAAUUGUGUAUGGAACAUUGCAGGCUUAUUUGAAAGAUGCCGGGGACAGACUGUUUUUGGCAACGAAAGCUGCAGAAAAAAUGGGGGUUCCAUUGGGGGUCAAAUUGGUGAGAGGAGCUUAUAUGUCUAGUGAAAGAGAGCUAGCUUCUUCACUGGGAUACGAAUCUCCCAUUCACAACACAAUUCAGGACACUCAUUCUAGCUUCAAUGACUGUGCUUCUUUCAUGCUUGAAAGACUCGCUAAUGGGUCUGAUGCAUUGGUUCUUGCAACCCAUAAUGUUCAAUCAGGGAAACUAGCAGCGGCAAAAGCACAUGAUUUGGGGAUUGGGAGGGUGAACCAGAAGCUUGAAUUUGCACAGCUUUAUGGAAUGGCAGAUUCUCUUUCCUAUGGUCUGGGCAAUGCAGGGUUUCAAGUUAGCAAAUAUAUGCCAUUUGGACCUAUAGAUGUUGUUAUGCCUUACCUCUUAAGGAGGGCCGAAGAGAAUAGGGGCAUGUUAUCUUCUUCGACUCUGGACAGAGAACUCAUGAGGAAGGAAUUGAAGAGGAGACUGAUUGCAGCGGUCCUCUAAGGGAAAACAUUACAUUAUCCCCACCAAUAAUAUUGUAAAUAUAGGGUAAGAUUUGUAUUUAUUAGUAAAUUUCUCUACUUAGGUAAGGAAUUGGAAGUUCCAGUUCUUUUUCCGUGUUCAUUAUCAUGUUUGGCUCUGUAUCUUGGCAAUAGAUCUAUCUUUUACUUUUUCGGCUUCA